CCGAAUUCGCGCAUGCGUACGGCCAUGAUGAUGACAUACAAGGCUACAAGACUACUGCGACAAUGUAGCUCAGGUCCAUUGGAGGUGUAGUCUCCGAACGCAGGAAGUUACAUAAAGACGUCUGCAUCACAGAAUCGUAUUCAGAAGGGCCAGGAGUUCACAGGUAUUACUAACAGUGACCUCCAAAACGUUACUGCGACAAUGUAGCUCAGGUCCAUUGGAGGUGUAGUCUCCGAACGCAGGAAGUUACAUAAAGACGUCUGCAUCACAGAAUCGUAUUCAGAAGGGCCAGGAGUUCACAGAAAAACGAAAAAUUCAUCAAUGGAGCGAUGGUCAGGUCGUGUUGCCGUGGUAACGGGUGCUAAUUCUGGAAUAGGAGCGGCCAUCGCCCAGGCACUCGUCAAGAAAGGGCUCAAAGUAGUCGGACUGGACAUCCGAGUGGAUAAAAUCCAGGAGAUGGCAAACUCCCUCAAAUCAGAACCAGGGAAGCUGCAUCCACUCAAAUGUGACGUCACGAAAGAAUCAGAUGUUAAGGAGGCCUUCAAAUGGGUCAAUUCCAAGCUCGGAGGCGCUGACAUCCACGUAAAUAACGCCGGAGUUGCUGAUUACAACACCCUCACAGAUGGACCAUGGGAGAAUUGGAGGAAAAUCAUUGAUGUGAAUGUCCUGGGAUACAGCCUGUGCGCAAAAGAAGCUUUGCAGUCCAUGAGGGGAAAAGGUGUGGACGAUGGUCACAUUAUAAAUAUUAACAGUGAAACCGCCCACAUCAUGCCUCCAGCUAUUUUCAUGUAUGCUGCCUCCAAACACGCCGUCACAGUGCUGACAGAGGGACUCCGACGGGAACUGGUCCAGCAAAAGUCUAAAAUCCGUGUCACUAGCAUUAGUCCUGGAUGUACAAGAACGGCACUUACGGAAGGGUCUAAAGUUCCUGAAGAAGUAAUGACUCUCUUUAAGGAUCUUGCUUUAUUAGAACCCGAGGAAAUAGCAAAUGCACUGCUCUACGUCCUCGGAACCCCACCACACGUGCAGGUUGUCCAGCUGACUGUAAAGCCCAAUGGACCAACAAUUUAACGGGAGGAGCUAUGAAGCGAGCACAGAUUUCGGAUACGAUUUAUAACAGGGGACCCUUAUAGAGGAUCUCUUGACCGUUGCACCCCUUUACCGUAUAGAAAGACAGGAAUCCAUCAAAUGUAACAGAUUUAAUAAUUAAAUACGCACAGUCGUUUACCCUUACACGUUUCGGCCACUAGUGUCCAUCAGCAGGAGGUAAACCAACAUUUCGAAGGAUGUAGUUCAUAACGUCGCUACUCAACACAAGCCGUUAUUAUAAAAUCAUUUAAGGGACUUGAGGUAGUUAUGGAUAUUAAGUCUAAGGAGUUAUAAGUCACGUAAAGUUGAGAGGAGAUGGAAAAAGCGACGGCCUACGUAAUGUUCUCCAAUUCUGGCUCUGUAAAAGUUUAUCGAAUGUUAUAAUGCGGGCAGUGUCCACCUACACUGUAAAAAAAAUACGUCAUCAGAAUCAAUAAAAUUCUACGUAAUCAACAUAAGAAAUCGUUACGAAAGUCCUAACUCUAUUCCUCUGCAUUCAACUCAAAAUUUUAACAUUUUUUUUAUUGCUAGUGGGGUGGGACUAAGUCCCUUGUACUGCGGCCAUUUCUGGCCUAUUG